UUUCACCCGAGCUACAUUCGAGCAGGUGGCAGAUGCAGCAGAGACCAACAAAUCAACACCUACAAGUCUGCAGAAAGCCUGUCUGUUUUACUACAGAAAGAGCACACAAUGAAAAAUAAUAGAAAUAAGACCGUCAGAGACGUGACGAAGCUCUCUGGCAAACCUCUAUCAGAGACGCUCGAGCCAUCAUCGAUCCUUCGUGAUCCUCCCACAGAAGAAUGGGUGACAUCCAGAGACUUGAUAGAAGACGACCUACCGUUCAUACCAGAGGUUAUGAAGGAUCUAACCGUCUUUCUUCUGGGAAACAUCAACAUAAACUCAAGUCAUCUGUUCCGGGCAGAUAUCCUCUAUGAUAGCGAAGGCGUCUUGAGUACGCCACAGCAGAAAGAACAGUCCUUCGCGCAGACGGGGAGCAACAAUGUGGAAGCUACCCCAGACACUGAAGAAAGUGUAGAACCCAUCGCUGCCAAAGAAGUGACCGGUUUCAACCUAACCAGAACGGUGGUGAGGCGGCUGAUUCCCAGGAAUCCGAACCUAGACCGGCCAUUAGAGCAGACCUGCCAUUUUUAUGAAGCAGAGCUAGCCGAUGCAAGUGACGACUUCCGGUUGAGACGCUUCUUAGCCGUCUAUACGCCCCAUGUAGCGUCGAAGGAGGAUAUCCCCUUCUACCACCCUCUGCUUCGCUCUCUGGCCUACCUCUACGACUUCACAGACAACCCUACAGAGCCUACAGAGUCUCCAGAACCUACCACAGGCUCAGGAACCCUAUCUCUCCACUUCCUCCUCUACCCAGAAGAACCAAUCCCCACCCGCCUGGAACGCACCCUGCUCUCCCUUCUAAACACCCAGAUCCGCCUCGCACGCAACACCCGCCUCUCUGAAUCCCCCGAAGGAGGCAAUAACAACCCCACCAAAGACAACAUAAUUCCCCAACACCUAGUGCAAAACACCUACUCGCGGCUCAAAUUGAAAUACGCCUCCAGCCUCUGCGAGGACUGGGCCGAAGGCACCGAACCAUCCAAGCACGUCUUCGAGGACCUAGCAAUAACGGCCUUCCUCAUCGAGCUCUGGCGAAGCAUGUACGGUGCCGUCCCCGCUUCAGAGCGCAACGCCGACGGCCCGGAAUCCUACGACGCCAACUUCCCCGGCUUCGUGGACGUCGCAUGCGGGAAUGGCGUGCUCGUCUACGUGCUUCUCAUGGAAGGCUACAAGGGCUGGGGCUUCGACGCCCGCCAGCGGAAAACGUGGAAGAUUCUCCCCAAGUUCGUGCAGGCGCAGCUCAGGGAGGAAAUCUAUAUUCCCAAGCCCUUCUCGGAUGUGAUGAAAGAGUCCGAGAUGCCGGAUCUAAGCGUGGAGACGCAUUCGGGCUUGUUUGAUAGGCAUACUUUUGUUAUUUCGAAUCAUGCUGAUGAGUUGACUGUUUGGACCCCGCUUAUGGCUGCCCUUGCUUGUCCGGGGGAGCCUUUGCCGUUUAUUGCUAUACCCUGUUGUUCGCAUGCGCUUUCGGGCGCGAAGAUGCGUUAUCCGCCACCUAAGGGGCUGAAGUCUGGUUCUCGGUAUGAGGCGUCUCAGCGUGAGGAUGGAGUUGCUGAUCAGCCGGCAACGGGCGACUUGAAGGCACUCCGGAAGGCGAAACAAGAGGCGCAGACUGAUGCUGGGUUCUAUAAGUCCAUGUAUGGGUCUCUUACUAUGAAGACAGUCAGUAUCGCCGAGGAACUCGGAUACGAUGUCGAAAAGACGCUCCUUCGUAUCCCCAGUACCCGCAACAUGGGUGUCCUCGGCGGCCGGAAACGAGUAACAAAGGAGUGGCGCUUACGGAGCCAAUGGCAAUCUGUUUCCGAUGGAAAUGAUGGCCCGGUUGCUGAUUCGGCUGUCGACAGAGCAAUGGCGGCGGUUCAGAGGGAGUGCUUACGCGAUGGAGGCGUGGAAGCCGCUGCUAGGAUAUGGAUUGAGCGGGCUAAAGGCAUCCAUAAAGGACAGGGGCCGGGUAAUCAGCGAGGACAUUUGUCUAAUUCCUAGGUGAUUAUGUGAUGUCUAUGGCGAGUUUAGGUAGAUUAUACACUAUUCUCUUUUAUUUUGUCGUUGUUAGAAAUAGAUGAAUCAUGGCUCGCAGUUCUUUCGUUGCUCGCUGGUCGGAGCCUAGAGUUUUCGGAAUUCUCCCUCUUUAUUGCUCUUGCUGGGUGAAAGAUAGAGGUUGGGUUUAUAAUUGGUUUGGAGCGCUUCUAAGAUAGUUGAAUUGCC